UCCAACACCAACCACCGUUAACUCACGUUCUCUGGUCCACUUUCAAAGACUCAAACUCAAAAAACCUCUCAUUCAUUGCUUACACUCGUUCUUUCAGGAAAAGGAAGACUCUUUUUCCCCAUUUCUCAGUAUUUUCUUAGCAAUCAAACAUAGGGAUUAGAGUUCAAGGGGGGAGAAGUGGGCAUGUUAAAGAUUAAAUCUUUUUGAGGUUUUUGGUAUUGGGUUUUUGAAGAAAUGGCUAGUGGUGGUGGAAAUUAUAGGAACGGGACUCAUAGGAACUCUCUCAAAGGAACAACAACAACUGCAACUGAUAAGCCACUCUCUGUGAACUCCAACCUUUCAAAGCCUGCACUCAAAAACAAGUCUUUGUCUUCGGUUGGUGCCUCAUCUGGGCUAAGGAAGAGUAGCCCCGGUUCACUUGGAGGUGGAACGGCCAAAGAUGAUGCUGGAGUUCCUGGAAGAGUUCGAGUGGCUGUGAGAUUGCGUCCGCAUAAUGCAGAAGAGUCAGUGGCAGAUGCUGAUUUUGCUGAUUGUGUAGAACUUCAACCAGAGAGUGUUUUGGAUGGUUACAAUGGGACGGUCAUGGCUUAUGGUCAGACAGGUACUGGCAAAACAUAUACUCUUGGACGGCUUGGGGAGGAAGAUAUGGCUGAUCGUGGAAUAAUGGUCCGUGCUAUGGAGGAUAUUUUAGCUGAUGUUUCGUUGGAAAGUGAUUCUGUUUCAGUCUCCUAUUUGCAGCUCUACAUGGAGAGCUUACAGGAUCUUCUUGAUCCUACUAAUGACAACAUUUCCAUUGUGGAAGACCCUAAAUCUGGAGAUGUUUCACUACCUGGGGCUACUCUAGUAGAAAUAAGAGAUCAACAGAGUUUCUUGGAAUUACUCCGGCUAGGAGAAGCUCAUCGUUAUGCUGCAAACACAAAAUUGAAUACUGAAUCUUCUCGUAGUCAUGCUCUUUUGAUGGUACAUGUCAAGAGAUCUGUCAAAGGAAGAGAACCUGCUCAUUCAAGUGAAAAUGGUAACAGUACUAACAUUGCUAAAUCUCUUAGGCCUCCACUUGUUCGAAAGGGCAAGUUAGUUGUUGUAGAUCUUGCUGGGUCAGAGCGAAUUGAUAAGUCAGGGAGUGAAGGCCACACACUUGAGGAAGCGAAAUCUAUCAACCUUUCUCUUAGUGCAUUAGGAAAGUGCAUUAAUGCACUGGCAGAGAAUAGUGCUCACGUUCCAGUUCGUGAUUCAAAGCUUACUAGGUUACUUCGAGAUUCAUUUGGAGGCUCAGCAAGAACAUCAUUGGUUAUAACUAUAGGUCCAUCCCCACGUCAUCGCGGAGAAACGGCUAGUACUAUAAUGUUUGGACAGAGGGCUAUGAAAGUGGAGAAUAUGUUGAAGCUCAAGGAAGAAUUUGACUACAAGAGUUUGGCUAGAAGGCUAGACAUACAAUUAGACAAAAUGAUUAUGGAGCAUGAGAGGAAGCAGAAAGCAUUUGAAGAUGAGAUUGAAAGAAUAACCGCAGAUGCACAAAACCAGAUUUCUGAGGCUGAAAGAAAUUAUGCAGAUUCAAUGGAAAAGGAGAGAUUGAAGUAUCAGAAGGACUAUAUGGAAUCAAUAAAGAAGCUUGAGGAGAAAUGGAUGCUGAAUCAGCAAAAGCAGGGUGGGGAAAGAAAGGAGCACAUGGUCUUCACUGCUGAGGAAGUUGCUGAGGUAAAAAAGUUACUUAGCAAAGAAACUUCACUAAGGAAAGCUGCUGAAGAGGAAGUCAAUAACCUUAAAAGUCAACUAGCUCAAUUGAAAAUAUCAGAGGCAUCGGCAAAUUCUGAGAUUUUGAAAUUGCGGAAGAUGCUGGAAGAUGAGGCAUAUCAAAAGGAAAAACUUGAAGGGGAAAUAUCAAUGCUACAAAGUCAGUUAUUGCAGCUAAGUUUUGAGGCCGAUGAGACUAGAAGAAGGCUUGACAGAGGUGGGCCUGGGAAAGUCCCAGGUGGUCUAGAUUCUCUCAUUUCUCAAGUUAGACCACAGCUAAAUGAGUCAGGAAAUGGAGAGAAAGCCUCGAUAGCAAAACUCUUCGAACAAGUGGGAUUGCAAAAGAUCUUGUCAUUACUUGAAGCAGAAGAUGCUGAUGUACGGAUUCAUGCUGUGAAAGUGGUAGCAAAUUUAGCUGCUGAGGAAACAAAUCAGCAGAAGAUUGUAGAAGCUGGAGGUCUAACGUCCUUGCUGGUGCUGCUUGGAAGCUCUGAGGAUGAGACCAUACAUAGAGUUGCAGCUGGUGCAAUUGCCAAUCUUGCGAUGAAUGAAACCAACCAGGAGCUCAUAAUGUCUCAAGGCGGCAUUAGCUUGUUAUCAAUGACAGCAGCUAAUGCUGAGGAUCCUCAAACACUCAGAAUGGUUGCUGGGGCCAUCGCCAAUCUCUGUGGCAAUGAUAAGCUACAGACUAAGCUAAGAGGUGAAGGUGGUAUCAAGGCCUUGCUCGGAAUGGUCAAAUGUGGACAUCCAGAUGUUCUUGCACAAGUUGCUCGUGGAAUAGCGAACUUUGCUAAAUGCGAGUCAAGAGCAUCAACCCAAGGAAGUAAAACUGGAAGAUCUCUUCUGAUCGAGGAUGGAGCACUUCCGUGGAUUGUACAGAAUGCUCACAAUGAUGCCUCACCAAUCAGGCGGCAUAUUGAGCUUGCAAUCUGCCACUUAGCACAACAUGAAGUGAAUGCUAAAGACAUGAUAAGUGGAGGUGCCUUGCGGGAACUGGUCCGCAUCUCACGAAACUGUUCACGGGAAGACAUAAGAACUCUUGCACAUCGGACACUUACUUCUAGCCCCACCUUCUUAGCUGAAUUGAGGCGACUACGAAUAGACUAUUAAUAAAAUUAUGGAAAAUUCGAUUGCAGUACUGGACGUGAAGGCAGAAACCGUGUCAGCUUAAACCAAUUCAGACUAAGGGUUGAUACUCCCCACAUUUAAAAUAGCAUGAGUGCAUACAGCGGUGUUCCUGUUGAAGUUUUGCCAUGAAAUAGAUUGCGCUUGGCUUCGCAGUCAAAAUAUACUUGAUUGUCUUGUAAUCUCGUAUAUGUGUUCAUCUGAGACGCAUUCUUGUGUAGUUUGCUAUUUAUAGUAACCAAAUUAUUUGUAUAUUAAAUGGAGAGAAGGGUAACUAACAUCCAGUUGUUCUUGUAUAUAUUAAAUAAGUUCACAUCAUUUAUUCUGGAAAUUUUUUAGUUUGUGCUAGCGGAAACCCUGAAAAUAUCCCAGUGUUGAUGCAGUUUGGUGAUUUAUGCCUCCUAGUUCCUACUCACUUCUUUCUCGUUGUACAGGGGAUUAGGUUUAGUUAAUAUCAAUGAGGAAUU